AAGAGAGAAUCCUCAAAGUUUCCAAAGAAACAGAGUCCGACAGCAGUUUCUGAAUCCAUUGGAAGCACACAUUUGGAGAUAUGGCACAAGAGGUUAAGGAAAGAUCUAAACUUUCAAGCUACGAUGCCUACUUCGAAACCAUCCAAUCCAGGAAGAAAUUACCUCGUCCCCUACAGGAGGUUUUGACAAAUGCAUUUGCGAAAAUUCCGGUUUCAUCUUUCCCAGCAGUACCUGGAGGCAAAGUAAUUGAGAUUCCGGCAGAUACAUCCGUUGGCGACGCGGUUAAGAUUCUGUCUGAAAACAACAUUUUGUCAGCUCCUGUGAGCAACCCAGAAGCAGAUACAAGUUCAGAUUGGAGAGGCAGGUACCUAGGUCUCAUAGAUUACUCUGCCAUUAUUCUUUGGGUGUUGGAGAGUGCAGAGCUGGCGGCGAUUGCUAUAUCAGCUACGUCAGCAACAGCGGCUGGAGUCGGCGCGGGUGCGGUAGGGGCCAUUGGGGCUCUAGCAUUGGGGGUGACUGGUCCUGCUGCAGUUGUAGGGCUAACUGCUGCUGCUGUUGGAGCUGCCGUGGCUGGCGGUGCGGCUGCAGAGAAAGGAAUAGCCAAAGAUGCUCCCACAGCUGCUGAUGAAUUGGGCAAAGACUUUUACAAUGUUAUACUGAAUGAUGAACCCUUCAAGUCAACCACAGUGAGGUCAAUACUUAAAUCCUUCCGCUGGGCGCCAUUCAUUCCAGUGGCAACAGAUAGUUCGAUGUUGAGCGUUAUGCUACUACUUUCAAAAUAUAGGCUGAGGAAUGUACCUGUAAUAGAACCAGGCCAACCCAACAUUAAGAACUACAUUACUCAAUCAGGACUUGUUCAGGGUCUUGAGAGAUGCAGAGGAAGAGACUGGUUCGACUGCAUAGCAGCAAAGCCUAUCUCUGAUUUCGGACUUCCUUUCAUGUCCUCUGAAGAGGUUAUUAGCAUCACGAGCAAUGAUCUAAUACUGGAAGCUUUCAAGAGGAUGAGAGAUAACAAAAUCGGUGGUCUUCCCGUUGUAGAGGGGCCCAAGAAAAACAUAGUCGGUAAUGUCAGCAUCAGAGAUAUCAGAUACUUGCUACUCAAACCCGAGCUUUUCUCCAAUUUCAGGAAGCUCACUGUUAGGGACUUCAUGAGCACCAUCGCAACGACCAACGAAAUUGGAAAAGUUAUCCAACCAAUUACAUGCAAACUGGGGUCGCCUCUUGGCAAUGUGAUUGAAAGUCUUGCUUCCAAGUCCGUUCAUAGGAUCCAUGUAGUCGCUGGGGAGGAAGGUGAAGUUGUCGGCGUCAUUACACUCAGAGAUGUGAUCUCUUGCUUCAUCUACGAACCACCAGACCACCUCAAUAACUACAUGGGGUUUGCGGUGAAGGAGAUGUUGAAUCAGUGAGAUUUCUGUUUGCCAAAACUUCUACCGAGAAGCAGAGAGUCUCAAAAUUUUGGUUUGGGACUUUUAAACAGUGGACAUUGAGUUGCAGUUUUUGUUUCAUGUAUCUUCUUCUCAUGCAGUCUUAAUAAACUAAAGCCAGGGAGCUUUCUUUGUGUUUUAUCAUUCA